UACAGUGUACAUUGUUUUUUGCUGUGAUAAUCAUACUAAGUGAUUGCUUUAUCCUCUUGUUGCAUGUACACAUGGAACCCACAAUUCAUUGGAUCUGAAGUUGGACAAGGAAGCAGUUGAAGGAACUUGCUUCAUACAUAAGCAUUGCUCCACCCUGUCAAAAUGUCUCCCACACCAACAAACUCCUGUAGUGACAGUAGUGCAUCAUCACAGCGCAACGACGGUGAACGUUCUUCACAGGCUCACUCAGCGCAGACUGCUGCGAGUAGUACUCGAACCCGCGGGUCAAGGACACAAACCAAAUGGCCAGAAGACAAGUUGACUGCAACUGGACUUGAUGAAAAAUUUUGGCCUACCCCAGAUGCUGCAAGGGAAAGAUUUGUAUUGGUCUGUGGCCUCAUUGCUCGGGAGAGGGUGUCAAUCAACAGGAAGCUUGAGGAUCUGUCACCAGUUGAGAAGGAACAGCUAUUCGAAGCAUUGCUGGAAAAGCUAGAGUACCCAGCCAAUCUGGAACCAACUGUUCGCAACAAGGCAAUUAAGGCAGCUAUGUCAGAGAUUGCAACCUUGCAACGGCGGUUCAAGGCCCAUUUAAGAAGAAAUUAUGUGAGGCAGGAGGAGUCUCCCUUUGAGAAGCAUGGCUUUUUGAAGCCAGAAGACUGGGAGGUGUUUGUGCAGGAAACCAAUUCUCCUUUUUUUCAGCGAGUGAGCCAGGAGAUGAAAGAUAAGAGAGCAUUGCAUAAUAAGCCACACAAGACGGGAAGAAAAGGUUAUCAUGGUAAAAGGAAAGAGUGGGAGGAGGAGGAUGCAAAGCUAGCUAGAGAAGGAAAAGAGAACCCUUGGGACCAAUUUCCUGGACGUUCGAGGUCAUAUCUGCGGGCAAGGGCGGCGAAGAGGAUGACCACUAGUGAAGGCACUAGUGAAGGAAGCGGGGACAUAACAUUCAGUAACCCUGCGGUGGUGGGGCUAGCAAAUAAGGUGAAAGACCUUGCAUCUAAGGCUAGUGAUGGUUCUUUCACUGGGGUUAGGGAGAAUGAUAUCCUCACCGCGGCACUUGAGAAUCCAGAGCAUCGAGGUCGGGUCCGAGGCGUGUCUAGUUCAGUUGGCUGGGGUAAAGGGUUUGGUGAAGAGUUUGCUGGAAUGUACAGGAAGAAGAGGAAGAAGACGAAGGAGAGGUCUGAUGCGGAGAAGGAAAAGAUAGUUGGUGAAACAGCCAUCAGAGUAAUCAACAUGCUAAGACAAGCAGGCGUGGUUAUACCGGAUGCUUUGUGUCCUACCCAACCAACACACACCGGUAGCAGCGAGCAAGAAGAUGCGAGUGUCAGUGCGGAAGAAGAUGUGCGUGGCAGCGGGGAAGACCAUGGGCCAUUCAACGAGAACGAAGCUGACAGUCGAUCAUCUAUGCUGGACACAAUAGAUAAGCUGACAGAGCCAACCAAGUGCAGCCUUUUGGAUGGCACCGGGCAUAACUUGGAGCUCGCAGUAGCCACUGUCUAUCCAUAUCAAGAGACUUGCCAUUGUGUACCGGUGCAGGAAGGGUAUGCAGUGGUGCAACCUACUUAUGUGUGGUCCAAUACGAGUCACUUCCGUCUGCCUGUGCCAGUAGGGGGGGAUGAGAUAACAACCUUAGGUGAGGCUCUCGGUACAAGGAUCCAAUGGUCAAAGCAUAGGAUCCUUAUACCACCCAGGACGAGACAGCCCAACUCUGGAACCGCAUCAGGUAGCAGGGGUACAGCAUCAGAUGCAGAAGCGGAUUUAGAUGCUGCUGGACCAAAUUGUGCCAGGUUGCAUGCUUACGUCAUGGAAAACAGUAAGGAUAAACUUGGCUUUCCAGCAAAGGUGCCUCAAGCCUACUUUGAAGGUGAUGGUGAUUUAAUGUUAAACAUUGCAUUCGAUGACGUGUACGACCUUAUAACCCUAGGUGCUCUGGAUGUUAGCUUCUUGAGGUUGUGGACAUUGUAA